ACUUUUCUUCUUCAUUAUUUCUCUUCACUCUUCUUCUAGACUGCAGAAGUUCUGAAACCUCCAUUUUGACCGCCAUUUCAAAGGUUGUUAUAAAAAGGACUCGGAUUUCGUGGCAGAAUAUUGUGAGGUAAAAUUAGUUGUUCUUGUUGAUGAUAUAUAGAGAUGAAGAAGCUGUUUUUCUUCAAAUCCUCCUCUAGCAGUGGUAACGGUAACGCCGUCGUUCCUUCACCGUCAGCAGACAAGCAAGUUUUAUGGGAAAACACAUUGGAAAGUGGUUUCAAUGAUCAACUCGGUGACAAGGUUGAAUACAGUUUUCUCAGUCUUAAACGUUUCUUUGGAAAAUCUCAAAAGCAAAUACCGGACAACCCUAGCUUUAGCAACAACCCAGCGGGUCUUCGAAAGAGUCGUUCUUUGUCAUCAGCAGCCUUUCUUGUUGAUGGUUCGGGACAAGAAGAUGUUCCUUCCUCGUAUGAUCAAAAUAGGUCUCUUAAUAUUACUCCAAAUCAACAGUAUGAUCAAUCAUCUCGGCGAAGAACUCUGACCCCCGAGAAAAAAUCUAAGGCUAAAAGAUGUGAAGUGGUAGCUAAUGGUUUUGAGAGGCCCGGUCCUUCUAGUUCUUCAAGGAUACGCCGUGAUUCAUCGGGAAGCUCUUCCUCUUGCUCUAGCAAUAUGUCGAGUAAAGUUGUGGACCGGUAUAUUGAUGGAGAACAGCUGUAGGAAAGCAGUAAGUCCAAGAGCAGUUCGAAAAUAAAUAAUCUCCGAAAUGGUGGUGGGAGGCUUCCUACACGAGUUCAAUAUACAGAUCCUCCGUCUCCAACAGAUAGUGUCAAUGAGAAAAACAAGUUUAAUUCAUUUAGGGAAGCUAAAGGCACGCGUCUUCAGUUCUCGUCUAGAGACUGGGCGGAAAACGGAUUCGGACAUGAGUCACCUCGGAUGAUUGCAAAGAAUGUGAUUGAAAGGCUUUCACAGACUCAUAUCCCAAGAUCAAGUUCAAAGGAAUUUGAUCUUCAUAUUUCGAUCACCACUGAAGAUGUAUAUGGUGGAUACUUGCAUGGAUGCCCAGAGUCCAAAUCGGAUGUGUUGGCCCAAAAUGGUUGUGCAAUGGACGAGCCUUAUGACAACGAUAUUGGAUAUGGUGAGGAUUUCUCUGGCUUGGAGAAGCAAUAUUGUUUCUUUGGGGGAAAUUCUAAUGGUUUGAACUCUUCAGAAACUGAAAAGGAAACAGAUUUGGAGUUGCAAAGAAGAUCUAAAGAAGCUGAUGAGGGAGUUUUGCUUCUUUCUGAAGCUCUUGAGCAGGAAAGCUUCCUUCGUAACAUUGGAUUUAAUGUUUCGUCUCUCGUUGAGACCAUUAGACGCCUUUCAGAGGACAAAAUAAACCUGGCACUAGAGGUUUCAGAACUUCUGCAGUCUAGAAGAAGAGUGAAGAAAAGUGAAGAUAAAGAAA